CGUGAACUUUCCUCCACUACGUUCAUGUUCCUCGGAACGCGACUCACCAGUAGCGUCCUCCGACGGGCAUCAGCCUCUUCUUCGUUCAGCUCAUCGUCAAAAUGCGCGUCCCAGCUCAAGAACCGCGUCGACCUUGACCCAUCGCUCGCUCAACUCAUGCGCGAUGUGGACAUGUCACUUGGACAAAAAAAGCGUGCGCGCACAGCGGCGGCACCCACGACCCGAGAGCUGGAAGAAGUUGAAAACAUAGAAUUACUGGAUGCUGUGACUGGUCCGCCUGCGGACCUCUUAGACUUCGAACCCUUCGAGGAUGACGCUAAACUGGCUCGCAAAUCUCCUGCGGCGGCCUUUGGGAGCGAGAAUAUUGGGAUGGUCGUCCUACCUCUUGAACUGACCAACACAAUCAAUGCACUUAUUGCGGAAACGGACAAACGCCAAUUACACAAUGACGCGCAGAGGCUGUUCAACCAAGGAGACAACUCCGACGGAGAUGAUCACUGGAACGCUGAGCACGACACCCGGUAUCGUACGAAAGCUCAAGCGCGUGAGCACUCUGAGCGCGACGGAUCUGCUUUCGCUUCGGUUGCACUGCCUGCUCAUUUUUCUGCCAUCACGGCUGUUCUGGAUCAUGUCAAAAAGAGACUCGAACCUGAAUGGAGGGUGGAGCGCAUCUUGGAUUGGGGGUCCGGGGCUGGCAGUGCGCUCUGGGGCAGUGCCUACUCAUUUCAAGAACCCAACGCUGGCGGAAUCACAGAAGUCACGGAUCGUACCCUUUCAAAUACGUCCCUUCGACAAUACAUCGGCAUUGACAAGCGCGAGGGUCUAGUGACUGUGAGCAGGCGAUUACUGAAGAAUGUAGACACUGGGGCGAUGCGUGUCUCCUGGCGCAAAUCACUCGCUGACCAUGAUACUGUACCACGUUCUGAAGGGCAUUAUACAGUUGCCAUCUCCGCAUUCAUGCUCACAUCGCUUACAACCCAUGUCGCUCGCAAGCAAAUGAUCAAGGAAAUGUGGGCGAGCGGUGCGCACGUCAUGAUUGUGAUCGAUCAUAGCACCAAGGGAGGAUUUGAGAGUGUCGCAGCUGCGAGAGAAUUCUUCCUGAGUGCGGGUCGGAAAGAAAUGAAAGACCCAGAAGCCAGCGAAUGGGAGGAAGAUGUUCGCGGCUCUCACGUUGUGGCCCCAUGCCCUCAUGAUGGAGCUUGUCCAUUAUACUACCCUGGCGACAUCAAACUCGUUUGCGGAUUCUCGCAGCGGCUCCAGCGUCCGGAAUUUGUGCGCAAAACAAAGCACUCCGGUCAAGGACACGAAGAUAUGCCUUAUUCAUACGUCGUUAUCCGACGCGGUACACGGCCCCCGAAACCGGAGACCUCUGUUGGAAGAAUUGGCACUGUUGGGAAAGCCUCGAUCGAGAGGGAGCUUGCUCGCGAGCCUGUCAAAGAGAUCUUCCUGGACAGCGAGCACGACACAAUGCAGCCUCUAUUUGAGGCAGCGGAAGAGAACGAGACUGAAAUUGAGCAGCCUAUCAACAGGCAGGCCAUGAAUGCAGCAUUGAGAGCUGAGGCGUUCCACUGGCCCAGACUUGUGUUUCCUCCGCUCAAAAAGAGUGGCCACAUCAUCUUGGAUGGGUGCACACCAGAAGGCAAAAUCAUGCGGAUGACCAUUCCCAAGUCACAAGGCAAACAGCCUUUCUAUGACGCCCGUAAAUCUGGCUGGGGAGACAUCUUCCCCCACCCUCCGAAGAACCCACCACAAAUUCGGGUGCAGUUUGAACGCGUGAAAGGCAAAGAAGUGCCCGUGAAGCACUCGGACAUCGGGAAACGGGGCAACAAAAACCAAGCGACGGACGCAGACUACGGCAAAAUUGCCAUCGACCUCAAAGCAGAGAGAAAGGCUGAGAAGCGUCGAAGGAUGGAUCUUAAACGCCAGUAUCAGAGUCCGGGUAUCUCUGAUGACAACGGCAGCGCAUAGUUAUGUUUAAUUCAUGUAUUAUAGGUUCACACACCCCCACCAGCACUUGUAGCAAUAGAUGACCCCCUCUAUCUCUGAUCGUGGGAAACUCAUUCCUAAUUAGGCCGUACCGUCACUUCUUCACUCCGAUGUCCUUGUUCGCGCUGUCCGCGUUGCGCGCCGCUCCGUGUCGGCGCACUCUUCUCGCCUCCGCCACUCUCCUUAACCGCCAAUUCACCACCACGCAAGUCCUCAAUAAUGUCAAGCACAAGGACAAGAAGAAGGGCCAAGGCACGACCAUCCGUGUCCCCUCGAAAAAAGCCGCCGCCGCCAAAGCGCGACGACGGCUAGCCAAGGAGGCUAGAUUGGUGGACCACUCGGAUGACAUGAACCUCGAACCCGCGAUUGCUGUCCUCCGGGCCAUGGAGGUCGCGCGUCCCACAGGCUGCUAUGAACUCUACGUGAAGAUGGAUCUGCGAGACAAGGGUACCGCGGUGCCCAAGGGGCGUAUCAAUAUCCCCAGGGAACCCAAGCCACGCACAGAGGACACUAUCCUUGUUUUCGCGGAAGGCAAGCAGGCGGAGGAAGCGAAGCGCGCGGGUGCGCACAUUGUCGGAGGGACAGAGCUCAUUGAGGGUAUUCUUGAGGGACGUACCAGGGCGAACACCAUUCUGUCCACGCCUGGGCUCAUUCGCGCUAUCACACCGCGUCUAGGUCGAUUUCUCGGCCCCCUUGGUCUGAUGCCGGCGGAGCGUAGGGGUACGGUCACGGACGAUGUCGCUGGCUACAUCAAGCGCGUGAAGAGCAGUUCGGAAUGGAAGUCAGAUCGUACUGGUAACAUCCGGAUGCCCAUUGCCAAGAUCGAUUUUCCGGUCGAGGAUGUCGUAAAGAACUUCCGCUAUGUGAUGGACUCUAUCAAGCGAACUACUGGCAAUGUCAAGACCAGCAGUCAAAACCAGGCCAACAAAAAGGUGACUCGCAUAAUGAAAGUCACUCUGAGCUCGCGGUCUGCUCCUGGGAUUCC